AUGGAGGAUAGCAUAGAAGCAGUAGAUUUUAUAUCUAAAUUGUCAGAGCCUAUAUUAUUACAUCGCAUCCUUUCCUUUCUCUAUAAUAAAGAAAUUGCACGAACCAGUGUAUUGUCAAAGACAUGGUUACAAGCAUGGAAGACUGUCCCAAUUUUAAAAUUUGAUAUUCGUGCAAUCAUUCUUGAAAAUUCAGAUCAUUGGAGGAACGUGCAGGAGAUAUUUAAUCUUUUUGAACAGAUUUUUUUAAAUCGACGCAAGCAGAUAAUUAGUUUGAUCAAGUUUAAACUUGUUAUGUCUUAUAAUCUUUCCAUAGACCCAGAAAGUGCUUCCUUUAUGGGCAGGUGCAUUGGGUAUGCCUUGGAGCGUAAUGUCAAACACCUGAAAAUUAGAUUUGGUCCAACUAUACUUGCUGAAAGGCAUGUGCACUGCGUGCCUCAAGCUCUUCUUAAUGCAAUUUUAGUACAGGAUUUGGACUUAAGCUACUAUGAUAAUGCUAUUAGCAAACUUAUAUUUGAUCUUGUCAAUCCUGUCAAAUUCCAUGUGAGAAAUAUUGCUCGUCUUGAGCGACUUGAGAUUGAGGCACCAAAUCUUCAUUCAUUGACUCUACAUGGUUCAAUUUGGGCUUCUGUAUUAAAGGUGGCCUGUUUGAAAAUUUUGAAGAGCUUAGCAGUAUAUAGGGCUCCUAUAAGUGAUAAAUGGUUGCAGGUGCAAUUUAAUAAAUUUCCUCACCUGGAAAGCUUGAGCUUGCGUGAAUGCCAUAUUUUGGAGAGUAUCAAGAUUUCUAGCUCCAGUCUCCAUAAAUUGUGUAUAAAGUCAUGUGAGAAGGUGGCUAGAGUUCAGAUUCAUACUCCUAAUCUACACAUCUUCCCAUAUCGUGGUGAUAUAAUUUCUUCUUCUUCAAACGAUUUGAUCUUACUAGAGAUUCAUUUGUAUAUUGAAUCCAAUAACAUGGAAAUUUCCUGGUAUAUUAUAUUGAUUGAAUUACUUAGCAAGUUCAAUCAAUAUUUCAAGAUAGUGACUCUGAAAAGUCAAACGGGUGAGAGUUACAUUAUCCCUAGCCAACUGAGACAACUCCUACCGCCACCAUUGCAUAAAGUAAAAGAACUAAAACUUUCAACUAAUAGUGGAGGCAAAUGUCCAAUUGCUGAACUUGUAGAUGCUAUGCUAGGGAUUUCUCCUCAUCUGGAAAGACUCUACUUGAGUACCUAUGUAAAAUCCUCUUUUAAGGGAGCUGGGAAUGUAGUCACUGCCAUUUCAUAUUAUUUUGAUUCCAGGGAGCUGUAA